AUGACUCGUACAAGAACAAUUGGCCGCUUUAUAUCCAACCAGACUUGGAAUUUUACUCCCAUCUCUGUACCUCGCAUUGGUUCUCAUUCAUUGAACCCACUAAGAAUGAGUUCCUCUGCAACGGCCGUAGCAUCAGAAGUUGAAACCGCCGCGGCACAAAAAAACUACCAAGUCGUCCAAGACAGUGGCAAUUUCGACGAGAUCCAAGCCAAACGCCCAGACUUUGAUCAUUCUAAGCCCAUCGAAGUAACAAAAUCCCCAAAUCCCAACUGGGAGUAUGGGCAAGGAGUACGCGAUAAUGGAGCCAGCCUGGCUCAAAAACAUCACGAAAUCGACCCCUACGCCUCAGAUCGCCCGAUGAUCAGCAACUACCGCCUGCUUGUCUCGGGGAUUGCGCCUCGACCGGUGGGGUUCCUAAGCACCGUCAAUUCCAAGGGUGAAAAGAACCUCUCCCCAUUUAGUUACUUCCAAGUCAUCGACCACGAUCCCCCGAUGUUCAUUGUGGGAUUCUCGUCUCGACCCGGUCGGGUCAAAGACACAUACCGCAACCUCCGCGAGACUGGGGAGUGUGUGAUCAACACCGUGUCGGAGAACAUGAUCGAGGCAGUGAACGCGAGCUCUAUUGAUGCACCGUACGGCGUGUCAGAGUGGGAUGUAUCCGGUCUGCAUGAGGCGCCAUCGAGUACGGUGAAGCCGUCCCGCGUCGCCGAGUCGGUGUUCAACAUCGAAGGCAAGGUUAUUGAUAUCAAGGAGUUCACGGAUCACCAAAAGCCUGGCAUGAGCCUCGCUGCUACUGUUCUCAUCAAGGCUACCCGAUUCUGGGUUAAGGAGGGCACUGCCAAUGAGGAUUAUAGUCAUAUUGACUUGGAGAGGUUGCGGCCGGUUGGUCAACUUGGGGGAAUCUCUUAUGGUCGGAUUACAUCGACUUUUGAGCAUCCGCGCAAGAAAUGGAGCGAUGAGGUACCUAAGAGUGAGAUCUUGGCUAAGCUAGACGCUGCUAAGCCUGUUAAGAAAUGA